AUGUUAAUAAAUUUAUCCUUUUUAGAUGGAAAGGAAAUGGUUGCUGCAAACGUUGCAAUGGGGAUUGUCUUCUUCUCCCAGACACUCGUGGGAAUCCUGGGUAACUGUUCACUUCUGCUUCAUUAUUUCAUGUCUGUAUUCACUGAGAAGAGUUUGAUGCCCAAAGAUCAGAUUUUAAAGCAUGUGACAUUUGCCAACUUCCUGUCUGUUAUCUCAAGAGGAAUUCCUCAGACAAUGGCAGAGUUUGGGUUGAAAUAUUUCCUGGAUGACUUUGUAUGCAAACUUAUUAUCUACAGUAAUAGAGUGUCCCGGGGCAUUUCCCUCUACACCAUGUGCAUCCUGAGUUGCUUCCAAGCAAUCACCAUCAGCUCCAGCAGCCCUAAGUGGAUGAAGCUUAAGCACAGAAUGACCAAGUACAUCAAUCCCUCUUGUUCUGUUAGUUGGCUUGUGCAUUUAUUUCUAAAUAGCAAAGUUACUAUGAGAGUAACCAGCCUUGGUAACAACAGAAAUUUUACUAAGAAAUUCAACUUCGGGCACUGCUCAGGGUUUGGUUUAGACAACAUUGCAGGUAAAUUCUAUUUGUUCUUGAUCUGUUUCACUGAUUUUCUGUAUUUGAGUCUCAUGGCCUGGGCUAGUAUCUCCAUGCUGAGCAUCCUCUACAGACACAAGAAGCAGAUGCAGUAUAUUCACAGUGCCCAGCACUGCCCCCGAGUGUCCCCUGAAGCCAGAGCCACCCAAGCCGUCCUGAUCCUGCUGUGCAUCUUUGUCUUCUUCAACUCAAUGUCCUUCCUCCAGCUUCUCUACAUCACGCUCUGUGAUAAUCCAAAGCUGUGGCUCAUAAGCAUACUUUCAUUUUUAGACACAUGUUUUCCCACUUCUUGCCCCUUUUUGUUCAUCAGUAGUAAUGGUUACAUUUCCAGGAUCUACUUUCCGUCCUGCAGAAACAAAUAA